AACUCAGACUUUGUGUUCUCUUCUUUUCUGGCUCAUAACCUCAAGGUGUGCAUGAAGAAGAUCCGUUGAAAUACCUAAACGGGUACCGAAGCGAUCUGACAGUGUAUCAAACAUGAAGGUCGAAGUACAGUCCAAGAAACUGGUCCAGCCAUCUGCUCCAACGCCGAAUCAAAGUCGAAAGCUCGGCCUGUCCUUCAUUGACGACCUUUUAUUUUCUAAACAUGCCGGCAUCGUUUACUACUAUCGAGCUCGCGAAAGUACGCACGAGAUCCAUACGCUUCAGAGGCUUCACCGCUUGGAAGAGUCGCUUUCAGAAACACUAGCCCUCUUUUACCCUCUAGCCGGUCGGUACGUCGAAGAAGGGCUCUUCAUCGACUGCAACGACCAAGGAGCGGAAGUUAUCCAAGCCAAAGUAGAUGGCACUCUAGAUCAGCUCCUCCAGGGAGAUCUCGACCGUGACCUUUUUAACAGCUUGUCGAAAUUCCCGCUGCCAGCAGCAAACAAUCCACUGGUCGUAGUUCAAGUGAACAGCUUCAAUUGUGGCGGAUUAGCAAUUAGCCUGCGCUUUUCUCACAAAAUAGGCGACAUGUACACCAUGGCCAUGUUCAUGAACUCGUGGGCCACAGCAUGCCGGAGCGGAAUCCAGGAAGUAGUCCCGCCAAAUUUCGAGCUGCCAUCUCUAUUCCCGGUGAAAGAACCCGCACUCAUACAAUGGCCCACACUCCCCUUCAGAAAAAAAUUCGCACUGGCUAGACUCAAAUUCAGCGGCCAAGCCCUGUCAAGGCUGAAAGCUGCUUCCAAUGCUUCCAACUCAUCGGAUUCAAUAGCUAAUAACAGCCAAAGGUCACGGGUGGAAAUCGUGUCUGCGCUGAUAUGUAAGGCUCUUAUCAUCAUUGAUCGUGCGACAAAAGGCCUGCUGAUGCCUUUUGUGUAUUCCACAUCUAUCAACUUGCGUGAGAGAGUGCAAUUAAAGAUGCCGACGAACGCGUGCGGCAACUUCUUUGCUCACAUCACCACUCCACUUGCUGUAGAAGAGACAGAGCCCUCUUUCAAUGGAAUACUGAAUCUGAUAGGGGACGCCCAUAGGAAUGCCAAAUUGAAGUAUGCCGCGAUAGCAGAUGCAGGUGCAUUGUGCUCAGCGGUGACAGAUUCAUUGAGGGAUUAUGUUGGUGUAUUGGGCAGAGAUGGAGCCAACGUGAUCCUAAUCACUAGCUGGUGUAGAUUCCCACUCUACGACAGUGAUUUUGGGUGGGGGAAGCCAGACUCGGUGAACAACGCAAGCCCUCCUCUGAGGUCAGUUGGUCUUGUGGAUAGUCCAGCUGAUGGUGGAAUUGAUGCUUGGAUUACUCUAAACCAAGAUGAGAUGGCUCUCUUCAAACAAGAUCCUGACAUUGUGGCUUGUACUUCCUAGCUACUUCUUCCUAGAAAUGUUCUUAAUAGAAGUGCGUUUUGCCUACUAAUUCGCUUUUCGUUUUCAUUCUAUCAUACUCUGCUCAUUUUCUGAUUUUUGAACACUCUGGGUUCACAUAACAAUCGGAAAGAUGAUCCUUCUUUGAAACCCUAUCGUAUCCUGUUAUGUCGGCAUCAAUUUAUGAUUUGUGAGUUUUCAACAUGUGUUCUGAAUAUUCAUGUGAAUAGUCUAUUGAUUUUAAUUUGGGCAGUUGAAA